GAUGCAACUUCACACCUUCCUGCAGCUGCUGCCCCUGCUUUCAGUCUUGUCCCCCAGCAGCCACUUUGCAGCACUGAGUGGCGCUGGCAAGUGCGACUGUGCAGGCUCAACCCACUCCCUUGGCAGGAGGAACUGCCCUGGUCAGGCCCAGUCCUCCAGAAACUCCAAAUGAGUCAUCUUCGGCUCUUCCCUCUUUCUGGAGCAGCAGUCUGCAGAGAAGCAUUUCGAGUUAGAGAGUGGAGAUUAAAGGAGACACAUCUUCUUAGAACCAGUCCGGAAAUUCAAAAUAAAUUAAUCACCAUAUAUGGUAUUUGGAGACGGUCUGGCGUAGGUCUCAACGUAUAAAAAGGAGCUUCUCUUCACAACUGGCUUCCUGCUGCCUCUCCUCAUUCCAAAGGAGCCAAUUAGUUUUGGUAGACGUACAGACAGAACCGUGCUAGAAGAACCACACAUCCUUCCAGACUGGCUUGCGCCGCUGUUUGAGCCAACGUGGAGUUAUGGAGGGACGUCUCUGUGUGCCCCAGACCGGCAUGAAAUCCUGCUUGUGAGGGAAACCUUCUGCAGAAGAGGCCAGCCGCAAGUGAAGUGCUGAGCAUGCGGUUCUUCCUGCUGCUUCUCCUUUUCCUGCUCCAAGAUCCUGGAGAAGGGGACCGAGGAAUGAAAUCUAAUGACGCAAGUGUGGUGGAAACAGUGUUCAGAAGCACAGAAGCAAAGCUGAAGUUCUUGGAAAAUCCGAGGUCAGAGAUCGGAGGGAGAAGCACCCACCGCGAGAGCCCGUUUGUGUAUCUGAAGCACUUGGAGUCUGCAUUGGGAGCCGCGGAGUUCCAGGGGCAGAACAAGAGUUUCGGGGAAGGAGCCCUGCUGCGCGCCAGCAUCUGGAAGGUCCCCUCCCACGGUCCUCACGAGCUGCUCGUCAGGUCUCAGCUGCAGGAGGACCGAGAGGUGCGCGGCUAUGAAGUGACCCUGCCAAGCCGCGUCUUCACGGAGCCCACAGCGUCCCGCGACGGCCGCAGGGCUGGCGUGGCGAGGGCGGUGCUGAUGGAGGUGACCAGCCAGGCCCUCUUCCAGGGCCGGAACUCGAGCCGGGUCCUUGGUGGCAAAGUGAUCGGCAUCUCCGUGCAGAACCGCUCAGUGCACAACCUGCCCAAGGACCAGCGGGUGGCAGUCGCCUUCCAACAUGCCCCUCUGCCGAGAAAUGAGACUGCGGAGUGCGUGUUCUGGGAUGCGGACGCCACGCGUGUGCAUUUGGGCACGUGGAAUACGUCGGGCUGCGAAAUGGUACCAGGAGAGGCCCGCACGACCUGCCUCUGCGACCAUCUCACCUUCUUCGCAGUGCUGAUGGUGUAUUCCCCGGACAUCGAUGCCGCCCACCAUGGAUACCUGACCACGAUCACAUACGUGGGCUGCCUCGUUUCAGCCCUGGCUUCUUUCCUCACCGUGUUCUUCUUCUUGUGCUCAAGGAGGAAGCAGAGGGACCAGAUUGUCUGGGUGCACAUGCAUCUUCUCUGCGCCAUCUUCCUCCUGGACAUGAGCUUCCUCAUCGCCGUGCCCCUGGCGCCCACGGGCGGGGAGGCGUCCUGCAAGGCGGGCGCCGUGCUCCUGCACUUUGCCGUGCUCGCCUGCCUGGCCUGGAUGGGCAUCGAGGGCUACAGGCUCUACCAGGGCGUGAUCGAGGUCUUCACUUCCUACAUCAAGCACCUCGUCCUGAAGCUGUGCCUGGUGGGCUGGGGCUUUCCCGUAAUCAUCGUUUCGCUGAUCUUUGCGAUCGAUCCGUCCCACUACGGACCAGCCCCGUUUAAGGUCUACGACAGCCCUGGGAGAUACACCGAUGCCACCAUCUGCUGGAUCACAAAGCAGGAGAUCAACAACUUCCUGAACCUGGGGCUGCUGGCCCUCGUGCUCCUCUUCAACGGCCUCAUGCUGGCCGCCAUGGUGCGGGAGAUCCUGCGGCUGAAGCAGCGGGAGCAGAGCUGGGAGUACGUCGUCACGCUGCUGGGCCUGAGCUGCGUCCUGGGCAUCCCCUGGGGGGUGGUCUUCUUCUCGUUCACCUCCGGGACCUUCAAGCUGGUGGCCGUCUAUCUUUUCACCAUCAUCAACUCCCUCCAAGGUCAGUCAGUGGUGCCUCCUCUUGUCCUGACCCAAGGAAUCAAGCAGCUCGGGGAGGGACCGCAAGUUGGAGUAAACCUUCCCUCCCCCUGAUGCAUCCAGAGAACCACGCGGCUCUGGGGAUCGUCCCUAAAGCGGGAAAGCAACAAAUAACGCUGCGGUUCCCCGCAGUCCCUAGCCAGC